GUGUGUACAGAUGGAGAAGCUUCUCUCGCUCUGAAGCCUGAGGUUUAGCACUCAACCCCGUAUUUCCUUUUCAGGCGACUUUGACCCCUAGUUCGUGUGUGUGUGUGUUUGAGAGAGGAAAAAAAAUUUUCUUCUCCCUCCUCCUUCACACUCACACACUCUCACACGCUCGGACGAAAGCGUGCACCAAAUUACAUGCAGACUUUUUGCACGAAGCAGUGAAAACUUUGACGAGAAACUUUCCUCCUCUCGCGUGGCGUCACUCGGCUGCCCGAUCUCACUCGCGUCUCUCGCAGAUGGAGUGAGGGAAGAGCGUUUCUCAGGACAGCACACAGAUAUGGCACACACACCUAAAACUCCACUACGGAGGUCCUUCAGCGAGCAUGUGAAGAACUCCACCAAUAAGGCUUGGGAUAUAUUCUGGAGAAGUGCACGUGAGAAACGUCUAUCAGAAAUCGAAGCAAAGGAGGCUUGCGACUGGCUCCGAGCCGCCGGAUUCCCUCAGUAUGCACAGCUUUUCAAAAAUUGCCACUUUCCUGUUGACUUUGACUGGGUGAAGAGUGAUCAUGUUUUCCUGGACCGUGACACAUUAGACUCUCUGUGCAUGAGAUUAAACACCUUAAACAAAUGUGCAGAGUUGAAGCUGGAUCUGAGCAGAUACAAACAACGAGGUAAGGUUGAUGACGAUGUGGAGCCCUGUGCCAUCAGCCCAAAAUGGUCCUACGACCGAAAGAGUAGGCGCUGGAUACGUACAGAUGGUAUGGACUUUCUGCCAUCUGUGGACAGCCAUAUCGCAAGUCUUAGAAGGUCUGAAAGCUGUGAGGCAUCUCUGUCAGACAGCAGUGAACAGCAGGAGAGUCUGUCCAUGCACAGCUCCAGCAGCUCUGACAGUGAUGGGGGUGGUACCACCCUAAAAACCUCUGAAGAGCCUGAGACAAGCCGAAGCUCCUCUAGAUCCUCCUUUACCUCCAAGUACCUGUCCCCAGACACCUCCUACAGUGGACCUCCAUCUCCUGGAGAGCCUCAUAACAUCAGCAGUGAAGAGUGCUUCCCAGCAAAGCCUCCUCUGAAGAAGGGUCAGAGCCUUCUUCGCAAGAUGGACAAGCUCAGAGUCCGAGGGUCAACGCUAUGGCCCCAUGGUCAAGGUGGAAAACCACGGUUAGUCAUAGGUAGUCCUGUACUACAGGAGGGUCAUGAGGAGGACAAGCAUGAGGCACUUCACCAUCUUAACCUUUCAGGGCUCGCAGAUAAGACCUCCUGUCAACUGUCCUGUUCACCACCAUAUGGCUCCAGCAGUAGUCCCUCGGAGAACAGCAGUGCAGUCAGUACACCCAGUCCAAUCACCAAGGUACGUAGUAACUGGAAAAGACAGAACGCUCAAUCAAAAGCACAAAAGCCAGUCUGUGUUAGUGAGCAAGAGCUCCCCAACCAGCACGGUCUGAAUGGUAACACCAUUUUUGAGAUUCCACACGGUCACAAGCCAGGCACAUUUCCCACCGUUUUGCACAAUACUGUGCUGUCACCCACUGAUGAUACCUCCAUCAACUGGAGGACUGGAAGCUUUCAUGGAUUCCAUCGUCGUAGAUGUCGAAGCAGUCCAUCCGAAGAACCACCUUGCAGUCCUCUGGCGGCACAAGACCAUCGUGUUAGCAUUUACGACAACGUCCCAGAUCACGUUCAAAUUAUGGAUGACGAUGUGUUUUCAGCCUUGGAUAAUGUUAUGGAACGUAUUACUGGACUACAGCAAAAGGAUACUGCAUGGACAGACAAACUUCCUGAAGAUGGAGAUUCAGAUUUCUCCCACUCCAACUCGCAUUCCCCUUCGUCUCUGACUGAUAUCCACCUUGAGAUCAAAGAGCAGAGUGAAACAAAUCCAAAUGGCCCAAAGCAAAAUUGCAACAAAAUCUCACAAGAGAGGCCAAAUACGGUGCAUAUCUCUGGAGAUCGAAAACUUUACUGGUGCAGUGAACAGAUCGUCUCGACACCUAACCCCACCACCCGAGCCAUUGAGUCCCAACUUGCUCCUUGUGUUUCAAUGCUGCAGAGACUGAGUCUGCUCAGAUUGACCGUUCUCAUGGAUAAACAUUCACCUUUCUGCAAACAAGGAUGGAACUGGACGGUUCCGAAAGUCUACAGAAAUAUAAAAGGUUCUGAGCACAAGAACAGGAAGGUGUUUGGUGUACCUUUGCUUCAGAGUGUUCAGCGGUCUGGGAAACCGCUGCCCCCAAGCAUCCUCAGAGCAAUGGAGUACCUCAAGACUGAGUGCUUAGACCAGGUUGGCCUUUUCCGCAAGUCUGGGGUCAAAUCUCGAAUCCAGUACCUAAGAGACAUGAUCGAGGCAGACCCCGAAGGCUUCUCUUUUGAGGACCAGUGCGCGUUUGACGUAGCUGACAUGAUAAAGCAGUAUUUCCGAGAUCUACCCGAACCCAUUUUCUCCAGCAAGCUGUGCGAGAGCUUCCUGCACAUCUACCAGUACUUCCCAAAGGACCAUCAGUUCGCAGCCAUCCAGGCUGCCAUCUUCCUCCUGCCUGACGAGAACCGAGAAGCUCUUCAGUGCCUCCUCUUCUUCCUCCAUGAAGUGGUGGCCUGUGUGGAGGAAAACCAGAUGACCCCGACCAAUAUCGCUGUUUGUUUGGCUCCAUCUCUGUUCCAUCUCAACGUCCUCAAGAGAGACAGCACCAGCAGCAGGGCAGGUCAAAGGAAGUACAGCUUGGGAAGACCGGACCAGAGGGAUCUGAGUGAGAACCUGGCUGCUACUCAGGGAUUGGCGCAUAUGGUGACGGAGUGUACACGACUGUUCCAGAUGCCACAUUACUGGCACGAAAGGAACCCUGAAGACGUCCUGAACGUGGACAGAGGCUCUGCUUUAAAUACAAUCGAGACCGAUCUCGCGGAACGCGCCCGGUUAGACCUCUCGACCCAGCAGCUCCUGAGGGAGGCGAGGGAGAAGAGCAAAAGCUGGGUCGCUUGCACCACCUCGGAUCAUGUGGACGUGGCCUUUAAAAAGGUGGAGGACGGAUACCGGUUACCGCUGUGGAGAGGGACAGUUGAAGUGGACGCUCCGCAGAAAGACGUUUUUCACCGUGUCCUCAGAGAACACGGCCAGUGGCAGAGCGAGCUCCAGCACAGCGAGGUCGAGACCUUGGACAAGGAAUCUGAGAUCUACCAGUACACCCUGCAGGCGGCUGGCACCAGACCACCUCAGCAAUAUCUGCUAUUGAGGACGUGGCGGUCUGAUCCUUCAUCAGGACCUCUGUUCGUUGCGGCCACUUCAGUGGACCAUGCUGACAAACCGAACACAGGGGUUACAGCCCGCGUGCUGUGCUGCAUGUUCCUGGUUGAGGCGACGGGGACAAAGAAGUCACGACUCACACACUUCUGCCGCACAGAUACCAGGGGCCGAUCUCUGGAGUGGCACAAUAAAGUUGGUGGGCAUCUGCUUUCGCACAGCCUGGUGGCAAUUAAAGACUCCUUUAAGCCCAAGACGAAAGAUGUGAAGCUAUGAAAGGACACAGAGGAGCGAAUUGACGGAAAAGAAAAGCAAACAAGCAAACAAACAAAAAAAUACGUAACGUCGUACGAGGAGCCCACAGGCUUUCGGAAGGUGUUUCACAGCCAACACGAGACACAUCCAGAGCUUUUGUAUUGCAGAGACUAUUCCGGUUGAGGAAGAAAAUCAAACGUAUGAUGAGACGAGACAAGACGAGACGUUUUGGGACAGUCGGACUGCUUGGCUUAUCGAGACUGACAAGGAAGAAUGUCAGAGUAAUGAAAUGUCUUAUCCCAUUUGAAGGACGUUUCACAAGCUAACACACUGCAAAGGUUUCCUACGACAGCUGCAGAGAGUUUUCAAAAGGACGUCUGAGAGACUGUGAAAAUCUGCUUCUUCUGGGCUUCCACGGUGUUCGACGUGGAGACGUCACUCAGGAGGUGUUUUUCCUCUAGCGGCGGCUCGUGAUCGCAGAUUUUGUUAAGGCAGGAUGUUAAUAACAACUAAAAUGAAAUACAACUGAGAGGCCAAAACUUUUUCAUACGUCACGUGCGUUUCCUUUAAAUGAAUCCGGGUUGCCAGGUUUCUGCAACACCUACAUCUUACAAUAGCUUAAAAAAAAACUUCAACCAGCUCAAACAAACUUGGGAUUUGAUUAAGGAAGUUAUUAGUUUGUGAAGACAAUAUCAGUUUCUGAUAUAAAUAUUUAGAACAUGAGCACGAGGCAGGCAGCGUAUUUAUUAGUGCUUCAGGCUUGCAGUUCCUAUGUUUGACCACUAGGUGCAAUAAUAACUUUAUGGCGGUAAACUGAGCCUUGAGUUCACUGUACUACGGUCUAUAAAGGAAAACGAAUCAAAGUGGUCAAAAAGAAAUGAUUUUGAAACUCGAUCAAAUUUGGGUCAUGAGUAUUUUAGUACGUCACCGGAAUGUAAAACUAUUGCACAUUUGGACUUUAUUAAGAUCGUUGUCGUUUGUUGGUUAAUAUUUAUGUUGGGACGAUUCGACACCGGUCACGUCAAAGGGUUCAGAAAAUUCGGCCGUGAUUCACGACGGGAACCGCAACAAACUUUCACGUAUUUAGUUUGAAUCAUUUGUGACGAGUCCAACGGAAAAGGCGGGAAUGUGAUCCGGAAUAUUCUAAUGAAGUUUAAUGACGUUUCCAAGCUUCCAGUUACGCUGCAGUAUGAAUAUGUAUUAGUACGUAUUUAAAUAUGUUGGAUUUAUUAAAAUGAACUUAUAAAUCUUUUUAUGAUGAGUUAAUAUAAUUUAACAAGCUAUUAAAUGUUACAGAAGAUAUUAUUUAAACAUAUCUAAAGCUUUAAAGAUGCCUCGGAGCGACCGAGCUGUUUUAUUCUGUUUUUAUUCUGUUCACGCUACAUUAUGCUACAUGUUAAGCUAAUUAGCUCUACUGAAGUGCAGUCAUUGUUGAAAAAAUAUAUAAUUAUAUAAAUAUAUAUAUUUUCCUUUUGUCCUGCAUUUGAAUGAAAUGUUUAUCAGAUGGUUUAUAUGCAUGAAGUAAAAAUGUUCAAUAAAGAUCGUAUUUUCAUACA